ACCUAACCUAUAAACAAUAAAUUUGACGUUUUCGUUUUGUAACGUUUUGACAGCCGCAGUCUAUGUUGUGAUGUGAUUUUUUGUUUCGUGGAAUUUCAAUCUUGCUUGUAUACAAAGACGUAGGAGCUAAAAGCCAAACUGCUUUAAUUUUUUAACAUUUUUAAAUAAAAGUUUUCUUCUGAACCCACCAGCGUGGAAAGUAAUGCUCCAAAAUGAUGCAACAAUAUAUGAAAGAGCUUGAACAAGAACCUUUCGAUCCCGAGGAAUUCGUAGAGAGAUUAGCUUGGAGAACAGUAAAUGACACUGUCAGUGAAAAUGGAAAAAGUGUUUUCGAUCCGCUUCUGAUUCAUGAAACUUUUCUCCAAGCGAUAAAGGAUCUGCAAGUUUUGCAAGAGAGACAGCAAAAGAAAUGCGAGAAACUCGAAGCCGCGCUGAAAGAAGAAGAAUCGAGACAUGCUCUCGAAAGUUUGGAUUUGCAGGAGAGAAAUAAGAAUGCAAUGGACCUUUUUCAUCAGUUGGAUGAAAGGAUUAAUCUUGUUGCGACUAAAGUUCUUCAUUUGGGCGAUCAGCUCGAAAAUGUUAAUACUCCCAGGGCAAGAGCUGUCGAAGCUCAAAAAUUGAUGAAACAUUUUUCAGAAUUCCUGAGUCCUGGCCCCUUGACUGGUCCGAUUUUUACUGACAAAUCAUCGGUGGAUGAAGCCGCCGAUGUGAUAUUAAAACUUCACCUAAUAGCACAAGAGCUUCCGUCCGAAAAGUUUGACCACGCAAAGAAGAAAAUUAGCACUAAAUACCACGAAAUCGAGCGAAAUUUGAUAGAAGAAUUUGUCCGAGCCCAAAAUAGUGAAGAUGCGACUCGAAUGAAAAAGCUCGCGUCCAUACUUUCCCAAUUUAAAGGAUAUUCUCAAUGUGUGGAUGCAUUUAUAGAACAGAGUCAGAUGAGUUCUUUCGGUGGAAAAGACGUUUUUCAGGAAGUCAUACCGAUGUGCACAAAAAACUACAAACUAAUGCAGCAAGUUUUCUCUAAUCCGGAACAAGUGAUGGCAAAAUUCAUACUCAAUAUUUAUCACUUGAGGCUGCAGAAAUACAUCGUGGCUAAAUUAGCAGAUCGUUCCGAUUCUGAAAAGUAUCUCUCGAACCUGUACGAGCUCUAUUUAAAAACUUCGAAGCUUUCGGCUGAUUUAAAAAAGUUCAAUAUGUGCUCUGACGAGCAAUAUUUAAUUAGGCUGACGAGGAACAUUUUUCACAAGCACGUGGAUGCGUACAUUACAGUGGAAACGAAGUCUCUGAAAGACAAAUCAACAGCUCUUCUAGUCGAGUACUAUGAGUCAAAGAAUCAUCAAAAGAAAGCUUUGCAAACUGGCGGAUUCCAGGAAUUAAGGCGAGAUCUGCAAGCGGUUCUUGGGACCAGGACAAAUAUAAAUAUCGCGCAAAUAGAAGACUACGGUGGAGAAACUUUCCUCUCGGAGGAGCUGGCUAUCAACUUGCUACAGAGGAGCAAAUUGGCCUUUCAAAGAAGUUCCCUUUUGUCGCAACCUUCGGAUUUGCCAGGGAAUGCGACACAAAUUCUGGAAAUUUUAUUGAAGUAUCUCAUAGAUGAACACGUUGAUUAUGCCCUUGAAUUAGGCUUGCAAUCUGUCCCUAUUCCUGAAAGUCGAACGCAACCGGAACUUCAUUUUUUUAAUAUUGUCCGAAGAUGCAAUGCCAUUAUUCGACUUCUGGAGGAACAAUUCUGCGACAGUUUAGUGCCACUUGUUGUGUCAACGCCAAAACAUGUGGAAUGCAUGUCAAAGAAGAAAAAGAUUUUGGAACAAAUUGAAAUGAAACUUGAUCUGGGCCUGGACAGAAGUAUAAAUGCGAUUGUUGGGUGGGUGAAGGUUUAUCUGCAAACGGAACAACGAAAGACUGAUUUUAAACCAGAGACGGAUGUCGAUACUUUAAAUACACCAGCUUGUUUAACAGUAGUUCAAUAUGUAACAGGGAUGAUAAGACACAUUCAUGACAGCCUUGAUGGCAAGAGUUUAGAAAACGUUUUGAAAGAACUGGGAAUUCGAUUUCACAGAGUGAUUUACGAACACUUGCAACAAUUCCAGUUUAAUUCGGCUGGAGCCAUGUGUGCAAUUUGCGACAUGAACGAGUAUAGAAAGUGCGUUAAGGAAUUAAAAAUCAGCUUUGUGGUCACACUAUUCGACACUUUGCAUGCUCUCUGUAAUCUGCUUCUGGUCAAGCCAGAAAAUUUGAUGCAAGUCUGCUCCGGGGAUCAGUUGGCUAUGCUGGAUAGAUCUGUGCUUGUUUCAUUCAUCCAGUUGAGAACAGAUUAUAAGACUCAGAAAUUGGCGAAUUCUUUGAAGGGACUGACUGCGUAGUUAUUUACAUACUUAAAUAUAUUUAUUUUAUUAAUUUACUUUACGCAUAGAAAUAUCAAAGACAAGUGGCGCUGAAACGUGAUAAGAAAUCAAUAAAUUAUUGUCGGUAAUAUAGUAAGUUACAAUAAAUAAAAUUUCCUAG